AUGCAUCCCACUUACAAUGAAAAGCUGAGAAAGAUCCUCAUGUCAGCAGCAACAGACCUCAAGCUCAAGUACCACGACGGCGGUUUUGGAAUCUGCAUUAAUGGUCCUCGAUAUUCGACCAAAGCUGAAAGCCGUAUAUUUAAAUCGUGGGGUGCGAGCCUCAUAAAUAUGACAAUGAUACCAGAGCAAUUGGUACAUGUGAAAAAUCUACAUCCUAAAUUGCGAAGUAUACACAACAAGCAACGUAUAUCAUAUGAGAUCUCCCAUACAUCGCCAGAUAGGCGUCGACUGUUGUGCUCUCAGCAGCUUUCGCUUUCAUGUACAAAGCAAGGGAGCGCGCAACUUGAUCAAAGUGCUGUCUCGCAAAAGAACUGGGUAUCCCCUAUGCAACUACCGCCCUUGUCACCGAUUAUGACUGCUGGAAGGAUGAUGAGCAGCCGCGCAAGACAUGAACUUUUCCAGGUGUCAAUGGAACUUGUCAUGAAGACAUUUGCGGAAAAUUGUUAUAAAGCCAAGAGCUUGUUUAUUGAGGCGGUGCAGCGAAUUGCAAAGGAGGAUUGGACAACAGAAAUUGCAACACUCAAGAAAGCUGCUCGAGAUGCGGUUAUGGUUGGACCGGAAAUUGUCAUUCCUCAUCUUGUUGUUUGA